CCCUGCCCAUCACCCAUCUGCACCUGCACCUCUCAUCCCUCCAUCUCCAUCUCACCACCCCACACCUUCACCACCCUCCACCACCACCACCACCACUACCACCAAAGCAAUGGCACGUCAACGCGGUCCCGCUCGCCCCGCCGCGCGCCCCGCGGCUCGCCCCGCUCCCGCGCAAUCUCGCGCCGCCUCGACGGCCUCGGUCCCCGCGCGCACUGCGGCCGCCCCCCCGCCCGCGGUGCAGCAGGCGUCGGCGCCUGCGCAGCAGGGUCCGGGACUUUUCGGACAGAUGGCCUCCACCGCUGCUGGUGUCGCUGUCGGUAGCAGUAUUGGACAUGUUGUUGGCUCGGGGCUUUCUGGGCUUUUCGGAGGUGGAUCGUCCGCGCCCGUCGAGGCGCCCGCUCAGGCGCAGGCUGCGCAGUCCCAAGGAAACUGGGGCGCUGCGUCGUGCGAGGCUGAUGCGAAGAGCUUUACUAAGUGUCUUGAUGAUAAUGGUGGAGACAUGCAGAUCUGCAGUUGGUACUUGGAGCAACUGAAAGCGUGUCAGAACAUGGCGAAGACUCUCAACUAGACGAGACACUGGAUGAUGGAGGAGAGCGUUGGGCGAGCAUUGGGUUGCGUAGCAUAGCGUUCUCUGGCUCUGGCUCUGGCAAUUGUGGCGGAAUACCUACCUAGAUCGGGCUGCGUUUUAUUCUUCUGCUUCUCAGCUUUUCCUUCUUUCUUUCUCCGAAGCACAGACGAGAUGAGACGAGAUGAGAUGAGAUGAGAUGAGAUGCGAUGUGUAUUUGUUACUUAGAAUGUACUUGUACUCCACUCCCCUCUUUGUACCUUUGUGCUGUACCAUACGUAAAACUACCUAGGUGGGCUAUCGUGUUUGCAAAUGUAUAAUAUGC